UUUACAGACGGCCAGGGACGGAUGGCGGCUUGCACUGUGCCAUAGUGAGGCGUUUGAAUGUCAGACGCAGAGAGGUGAAAGCGAUGGAGAAAUCCGUGGCAGGGUGGUUCAUUGUGGAUUGUUUCCGUGCGGUGAGGAGGGGCUGUCUGGUGUUGAUUUUCUACAGAGCUAGACAGUCAUAGUUGUUCCUCGGGAGAGGUUUCAAUUUCGCUGAUGUACAGCGUGUAGCUCUGUUCCGAAGAAAGAAUCCGUAGAAGGAAUCCGGAUUUGGAGCAAGGCGUUUUGUUUUUUGUUUUUUUAAGAAACUGUGUCGUGUUGUGUUGACUUGCCUCGGUUUCACAGUUGCGAGGCAGUUAUAAGAGAACAGGAAAUCGCUUAAUAAAUAGGAGUUGCUCGUUACAUUAUUAGCCCUGUGUUUGCACGUGCUGAGGCCUCGGUCACAUGUAAGAAGCCGUUUGGCACCCAGGCGAGUUCCGAUGUGCGGGGUGGGGUAUGGAUUCCAUUGGAAAAUCAUGUGGAUUGGUCUAAAUCCGCCCUUUCCCUUCUCUUCCCUUCCUAUCCCGCCAAUACACGAGUUGGCAAUGGUUGGGUUUUAAUGAUGGUGUAUAUCGGCUUCGGAGGAAUAUUCAGGUGGAUUCGGGAGUUCCCGGCGAAAUAGGCUGAACCUCCAGAAUGGUGCUGAACGCCUGAUGACGCAGGGAAAGUGAAGAGCAAACGAAGGGUGACUUGGGAGUUUGGGGAGCCAACCGUGCAGAUAACCUGCAUCAGCAUUUUAAAAAAACCUAAAGAAAACUUGGCCUGAACUUGGGACUUUCGAUUUUUUUUCCCCUAUUGGAAGAUCCUGGGAUUGCUUCCGUGCACAGGGGGUCCUAAUUAAUCCCCCAACCCCGUCCUGUUAAACUCCUUAAAGAUCACGAGGGCCUUUGUUGUUGUUGUUUUUUGCGCACAUCUAGAGGGAUGUCUUCAAUUUUAAUUUGGGGUUAUUUCCUCUUUGGUGCGCCUCAUUUAGAUGAAUAAACAAAUGCACAAUCCCACUUCGUUUUCCGUUUGGGAUUAAUAGGAUAUCGGGAUUGUUUGGGGUUUAUAAUUCUUUUCAUUGUUGUUGUUUUUCUAAGUCACCAAUGUAAAUGACAAAGUUGAAAAAAGAUCAAAGAGAGACGGGGGGGGGGGGGUUGAGAAAGCAGAAGUAGAACAGCCAUCUUUUGAAAGCAAAGUCAAAAGGAGGAGUACUGUAAAAGCAACCAGAAUAGGAGCAGGUGGAUUUCUCCGGGAGAGUGGAGCACAGGUAUGGAAAUGCAGCUGAGGAGAACUUGGGUUACCCGAGGUUGGUAUUGCUAACCUAAGAAGCGCUCAGUCAAGGAUUGGCAUCAACAGAUGCAUUAACUCUCCCCAGGUUGGCGCCUACCAGAUGUAUACAAUCGUAUCUUUCAUAAUUCCCAGGCUGUUUCUGGGGGACUGUCAGGAGUACCCAAGAAAAUGUCAGGUGACAGCUUGUCAACCAAAGCCCUAAAGAUCAAACGGGAGAUGGGUGAGAACACACCACAUCUUUCAGAUGAGGAGCUUAUGGGAUUGUCAGUGCGGGAACUUAACCAUCAUCUGAGAGGCCUGUCCAAGGAGGAAGUAGCCAGAUUGAAGCAACGUCGGCGCACUCUGAAGAAUCGUGGCUAUGCGGCUAGCUGCCGAGUAAAGCGGGUGUGUCAAAAGGAGGAGCUGCAGAAGCAAAAGACAGAGCUAGAAAGGGAAGUUGAUAAGCUAGCGCGUGAGAAUGCUGCCAUGCGCCUUGAGCUGGACGCCCUGCGUGGCAAGUAUGAAGCGCUGCAGGGCUUUGCCCGCACAGUCACUGCUCAUGGCACUGCUGCAAAGGUGGCAACUGCCAGCGUUAUCACCAUUGUCAAAUCUGGUUCCAACCAGGCCACCUACUCCUAGUGCCUACAAGCCGAGCCAUGAACUAAGUCCUGUUGCCAUGCCUCUGCACAGCUCUUACCUAAAGCAGCUGUAGCUGCACUGGCUCUUUCCUUCUCCCACUUUUGUUCCAGCCACUGGAGGAGACACAGUUGACUUGAAGACCAAAUGGCUAAAUGUUGAACUUUGUCCUUAGUCCUUGCCUUCAUUGGAAGAUUGUGGGAAAGUGGUGCCCAACUUGUGUGUAAUUUUAGCUGUCAGUUAUUUGUGAAUUGGAUUACAGUGGCCAGUUAUUUUUCUUUUCCAUUUUAUAUUUGUUAGGUUUUCUUCUCUGCUGCUUCAUACCUUGCGACUGAUUAAAUGUAAAACAGAGAGGUUUGAAGAUGAGAUCUUAGUUGGAAAUGCUGCUUCAGAGAAGUUUUGACAGCAAUUAUAGAGAAAGGCAGAUAGCUUCUACCUGAUGGGAGAAAAAAAGGGGAUGCCAAGAUUGAAGUCUCCUUUUAAUGUCUAAAACCUAGUGAUUAUAAUAAUCCAGAUGUUAUCAGAGGAUAUCAAUUUCCCAGUUUCUUGAUGCGUUGUUCAGACACAAGUCUAGGUAUUCAUGUAUAACCCUGUCUGCUUUUUGUUGUAAACCAUAGUUCCCAUUUACCUACUGUUUAAUUCAGAGCCUCUCGAUUGCUUCACCAUGAAAUUGUUGUUUUACAAGAAUCAGUCUGAGCCUCUGAUGAGUAGACAUUUAAAAAUGGUCAAGAAAAGUGUUAUUGCUUGGUGACUGCAAGGGUGAUGGAAAAACAGAUCACAAAAGGGACAUGGUCAAAAAAGAGCUAGUUGCUGCUAACCCAACCUAGGAAGAAAUAAAGGAAUUAUGCCCAUUGCAGUGAUUGGAGAGACAAUCUCUCUGCAACUGUGUGUGGAUGCAGCUGUGCUCCAAAUACUCUUUUGAUUGUAGAAGUGGUCUUUUGCUGAAGUUAUAAGAUUUAUGGACAAAAUAGAAGCAGUUUUCUAAAGAAGGAGAAAGAGAGAGAGAGAAGGAAGUGGGAAAAGUAAAGAGGGAGUGUAUUAAAUGAGGCAGGGGUGGAUAAAGCAAGUGAGACUGAUGGAUAGUGAAGGGGCAUCAGAAUUACAAGUGAAGUUCUAGAGAAGACACUGAGGUGUCUAAAACAACGAGUUCCAUGAGGGGUACCAAUAGCAACCAACAGAAUGUAAUGAAGAGACCUUUUUGUAUUUUCUUUCUGUUUUUGCAUUGGCAAAAUACUAGAAAUAGAAACUCAGGAAAGAAAUAUACCCAACUAUUACAGAGAUUAAGACAUUAUAUGUUCAAGAGAACCAAGCUAUACAAAGGUUGGCCCAACCCAAGAAGCAGUACAGGCAAUUGGGUGUGGGGUUCUGAGAGGUUCAGAAUCAGUCCUAAUCAUAGCGAUGCGGUGUAACCCAGCACAUCUCUUCCAGUUUCUUUUUUCUCCCCAAAAGCAAGUUGAGAAAGAUCCAGUCACUUACAUAGAACAAGGAAAGGAGGCUUCAGUUUGAAAAACAUUGGUGAGGAAUAUAAUUCCUCUGUGCUUUUUUGUGGCCUAAUUUUUGCCCCAUUCAGCUAUGUAAAAUGGAAGAUGCAUUUCUCUUGAGGAAAGUGUCGCAGCUGAAAUUCAAAACGCUUUUCUUCUUUAUAUCUGAAGGAUGCCUUUUCACAAGAGCAGGAAAAUAGCUUGAAUCAUAGCCAAAAAUAAUUUCUAUCAUGAAAAUAAAACCUAGUUUGGUCUAAGCUAGCACAAUGGCAGAGUUAGGUUCUCCUGGAUGCCACUGUGUUUGUCUCUUGUUCUUUUAAGAUAAUAUUCUCAUAUGCACUUAGUAGGAUUUACUGUAAAAACCACACUGUUUAAAAUGUUUACAAUCACAAUCUUGCCCUUUUCAUUAUAGCAGCUUUUAUACCGUCCAGUGGUUUUCCAGAUGCAUUCUGCCAUAUUGGCUGGAAAUGUGUAUUGCAGACAACACAAACAUGGAGAAAACUGAUACCAUUCAAAAGCCUAACUUAGUAAACACAUGAACAGUGUAUUGUUUCCCUUUCUCUGCCAUGCUGUCAUGAAUCCCAUAUGUCAUUUAAACCAAACUGCCUGCAUGUACACACAGAAUAUCAUUAGCACUGGACUUGUAGAAUCAGCUAUUGAUAUACUGCCUAUCUGUAUGCCUUUUUGGCCAAGCAGUUUUAGCCCAUUGCCUUCUCAUUUUAAAGUGAGUAUGAAAUUUUACAC